ACUCGCAAUCAAAGAAUGGCGAAUUUGCUCAACAGUAAUUUAUGGCCCCAUCGAGUACAAUGGUUUUAUUAUGGCUCAAUUGGAUCGAUGCCAAUCAUGUCACAUUUCACUCAACGAUUCAACAGUCUUUAAUUAUAUCCUCCAAAAAAUCGCCGCCGAAAUGCAUACGCGCCACGGUGAGACCUUCACGAACGACAUAGUUAAAUGUUGUACCUUCCUCCUCAAGAAUCGUUUCAACGCCUUCGUCAAAUUCAUCGAACUACUCAGGGUCAACGACUACAACCGUCAGACCACACUUGUGUCGGUUGACCAAACAUAUGUCACGAGUGCAAAGAACAAAAACAAGGCGGAACGUGCAUUGCACAAUUUCUUCGUCGCUAACGGGUUUCCCUACUACGACACAUGUGAGUUGGUGUUUGUGGAGAAAAAAGCAGGGGCGAUAGAGUUUAGCGAUAAACAAGGUUUCGACAAAGACGACAAUCACAAUUGACGAAGGAGUUGGAUCGGGCGUUGAGGCGGAUGAAGACGACGGCCCAUUCGAGCUGCACUCGUGACAUAAGUUUGGUCAACCGACACACUUGAGAUCCUACGGUUGUAGGUGACCCCGGGCAGUUCGAUGAAUUUGACGAAAGCGUUGAAACGAUUCUUGAGGAGGAAGGUACGACGUUUAACUACGUCGUUCGUGACGGUCUCACCGUAGCUCGUUCGCAUUUCGGCGGCAAUUUUGUCGAGGAUAGAAUUAAAGACCGUUGAAUCGUUGAGUGAAACGUGACGGAGUUGACGAUCCAACUGAGCCAUAAUAAAAUCGUCGUACUCGAUGGACCAUAAAUUACCUUUGAGCAAAUCCGUCAUUCUUUGAUUGCGAGUUUUCGACAUUAGUAGCUCUUAAUAAAUUAAAAUAUUG